UCAUAAAUAUUUGUUUUAUUGAUAUUAUCGCUCCCCAAACCUGUAAAUUAAUUUUUGGCUGUGAAAUAUGAUUUGUAAGAUUUACCUCCCCUUUGAUGCAAUCUCUAGGCAGAGGAGGUUAAAAAAGUGAAGAGACGCCAAAUGGAGGUCACAUUGAAAACAUAAUUUAUGACAAUGGGGUGAAUACAAGUUAUUUGAUCAUUAUGACCUUAUCAGUUUCCAUCAGAAGCAACCAUGAGAUUAUUUUAAUUUAGCUUGACCUAUUUUUUCAUGAAAAAUGGAUGAAAACGCACUAGGUUUAGCAGCUGAAUGUCCUGCUAUAUGUAACUUUUAUAAUGGAUCCGGAGGAUCUGAAUGUGAUCUUGCAAACAUUUGUUCUGUUUAUGAGUGUGACAGGGAUAUUAUGAAUCACUUAUACAGUUUACAAAGUGCACAAAUUCUAGACAGGUGUGUGUCUAAUGCUCACAUAUGUCCUGAGUACAUAGUAAUAUUGUAUCGAAGUGGGUAUUUCAUUAUCGAUAAGGCAGUGCUUUCUCUGAAAAUAUGCCUGAAGCACCGCGAAGAGUUGGGAGCAAGGUGGAAAAGAUCAAAGAGAACUUGUUCUUAUCCUGAUCAUCGGGGUAAUAUGAAAGCUGAAAGAGGGGCCAGUCCAAAAAUGUGUAAAGAACUCUGGUUAAAAACAAGACAGAUUAUUCCAGUAGGAUCAGCAAUUUGCAAAAGGUGCUCAAUGGAUCAUAAGAAGAAUGUGUCCCCAUCAUACAAUGUAAAGUAUGUAGAAGAACUAGGUAAUAAUUUUGCUGUAUAUUAUUUAGUUAUAUACAUAAAUGUAAUAAACUGACAAACAUCCAUGUAUACAAUU